AUGGCUGAGGAUUUGGAACCUGAUUUUUACCUAAAGUGGAAGCACUGUGAGACACGGGGUGUUAAGACUCUAUGCAACCUGAGAAAACUCCUGUCCCGGCUCCAGCAGGAACACAGGAAGGACAUCUAUGUGUACACCUCAGGACACCUGAACCCCAGGAAGCUCUACAAGCCACCUGAGACCAUCUUCCAGCACUGGCACAAUGCAAACAGGUCAUGGGAGAAGUCUGCAACCCCUACCCCCUCCAUCUCCUCCGUCUCCAGAAACGAACGAGUGUCAGAGAUGAAGGACACCUGGGUUCACUUCACAGUGAACACAGCCCUGCAUCCCGAUGACACACACAACACGCCACUGUUCAGGUACCUACACCCACGCAUCCAGUCCUCCCCCGCUCUGAAGAAAGAUGAUGCCGUCGCGGUUCUGCAGAAGGAGGAGGAAGAGGAACUAAAGGAAAGACGCUCGUUUUUCCGGGAGACACACUUGAGGGAAGAGCUCAGAUUGCCCGAGAUGAAGGUGCUCAGAUACCCAGAGGUGGUAUCCAGCCGCCAGUGCUCCAGAUCUGCCCCGGGCAGAGAUGUGUAUCAGUACGUCAGCUCCUACCUAGCUGGUAUAACAAAAGCUGACAAAUACAAGAAGUUCCUGAGUUUCCAAAGAGACGUGCUGGCAAAGGAAGAUAUCCUGACGUAUGACUUCACGGGAAGCAAGGUGGCUGUGAUCCACGAGAACAGACUGAAGCAGGAGCUCCAGAAGAUAUGCACCUGCAACCCUCAGCAGUUCAACAGGCUGCAGGUCUUUGGGGAAAUCUUUGAGGAUAUUUGCAACAGCUCUUUGAUCUUCGGGGAUCUCCUGAAAGAGGUUAAGGAUGAAUAUGAACUCUACAUGGCAGCUCUCCUGGACUCCCAGCCCACAGCACAGUAUCAGCGGCUCUUGGCUGAAGUCAAGGGGUUGGAGAAGAGCCCCGUGCACAGCAGCGACAUCGACCAAGCCAAGGAGUAUCUGAAGAAUCUCCAGCAGGCUGCCCUGGCAGCCUUGGAGCACAAUGACAAACUCAGAAAUGACCUGGAGGCUGAGAGCUUAUUACUGCAGUCUGCUAAGGAAAAAUCAGGUGAAAGGAAAGUACAGGAUGAGAAGCAGCUCACUCUGAUUGAAAGGGUGGAGAAGAGGAGGUGUGAAAUCUUUGAAAAGUGGGAUGAGAUUAAAGCACUUGAGAAACACAUCAAAGAAACUCUGGUGCACUCGAGAGUGUCGGAUAUCACCGAGGCCGGCCUUAAAAGCCUAGAGAACGAAGCUGUGAAGUUGGAAACAACAAACAGAAUCUUAAGGAAGAAAAUAAAAGUUAUUGAAAGCCAUCUGAAGCAGCUCUUAAAAAAGAGUAAGAUCGACGAGGAGGAAAGGCAGGUUCUGUGGGAUCUCAUCAAGGAAUAUUCAGACGUCGAGGAUGUCGAAGACGACUCUGAAAUGCUUAAAAAACUAAGGUCAAUGGAGAUGUUUCUUCUUAUCAUCUUUCCCACCGAUGCAUCAGUGUGGAGCAUGCACCAUCCUCAGUAUGUCGACAGAUGUAUCUUCCAUGUAAUUAGUUUGACUUUAUAUGUGCAUAAGUCCUUAGGUCGCCUUUUAUUCAGUAACUUUCAACUGGACAAAACAGGUUUGAAUAUUUAA